AUGAACAACAGCAUUUAUAAUCAACUUGAUGAGAACUUGUCUGAAGACAUUCUAAGUGAAGGCUCUUCGACUUGUCAAGUCAAGGUCUCAAAAAGACUGGGCAUCAACAUGGACAUGACUCCAUUCAACCCAUCCAGGUUUGGCAGCAAGCUUAAAGAUCAUUCAGACAAUGUGUGAGCUCCUAAAACUCUUAAAGCUCAAGGUAUUUUAGGGGCGCCAAAGAAGAAUUAUUAUUUUACCAAACACAAAUCUCUCUUGCAAAAGUUCCACAUCUGGAGCUGCAAUGUCAAGAAGAUAAGGCAGGACUCAGCUCUGUGUAUCCUCGGAAGAUGUCUCUCAGAGACGAAAUCAGGACUUUGCUUCACAAGUCGGCUCAGCUCAGGAACAGAAGCUUGCUUGUGAAAGCCCAGAAAACAAGGCAAGCUCCAGAGCCUGUACAGAAGGUUGAAGAAGAAGUUUGAUGAGAAGGCAAACUAAUCACUUUCGGAAAUCACGAUAAUCAAUAAUAAGCGAUCACUAACACAUUCUGU